ACUAUAACUGUGUAAACGAUUUCGGUGUCUAACAUCUGGAAAUUUCCACUAGGUGCCGUUCCGACGUCACAACUAUGAAGCAAAAUAAUCGAGUCGGUCGAUUCAUGGAGUUUGAAAAGUAAUCGGUUACACUCGAUUAAUCGGGAAAACAAAAUUCCAUUUAAUCGAAAAUCGAUUUAGUGCUCAUGAUGGCACGACCGUCUUUGCACUUAUGAACCGGCACCUUCACUCUGACAUAACCUAAGUGAUUAGUAGUUGCGAAUUUAGUUACGAAUACCGAGACUUACCGUUCGGCUACCUCGCCUAAACAUGACGGUUCCCAAUUCUAAGAACUCAUUUCUUACCUCGCUCGUAUCUGGCGGUGCUGCAGGAACUUUUGUAGAUGUUGCGUUAUUCCCGCUAGAUACUUUAAAAACUCGGCUGCAGAGUCAGAGGGGAUUCCUGCAAUCAGGUGGUUUUACGGGGUUGUAUCAUGGAAUCAAACCAGUUAUACUUGGCUCAGCACCAACCGCUGCAUUGUUUUUCGUGACUUAUGAUAGUGUCAAAAUAUUCCUAAAACCAAAAGUUGAUGAGAGGCAUCACUUUCUCAUUUACAUGGGAGGUGCCACUUUCAGUGAAAUGGUAGCCUGUUUAAUAAGAGUACCAGUUGAAGUAGUGAAACAAAGGAAUCAAGCUCUGCUAUCUGGCAAAGAACGUCUUGGUAUAAAGUUACUGUAUCGUGGCUACUGGAGUACAGUUUUGAGGGAUACUCCAUUUAGCCUGUUACAAUUUCCACUGUGGGAAUAUUUCAAACACAGUUGGAGCCACAAAGUCGAUAGGGAAUUAAAACCAUGGGAGGGAGCCGUGUGUGGUGCGGUUGCAGGUGGCAUCUCAGCAGCAGUAACUACACCACUGGAUGUAGCAAAAACUAGAAUAAUGCUUUCCAGUGUAACAGUUGGUAGUUCUGAGUUGAAAAUUUUCUUUGUCCUUAGGGCAUUGUACAGAGAAAAAGGAGUGCAAGGGCUAUUCGCUGGUAUUUCGCCACGCGUCGUUUGGAUAACUGCUGGCGGUUUCAUAUUCUUUGGUAUUUAUGAGGAAACAAAAGUUAUAAUGGGAAAAUUAUUUUCAACGAAAACCAGAGUACCUAAUCUAUAAUUGAACUUGUAAACACGGUUGAUGGUAAAAAUUAUGCGGUGACAUUGAAGCACCUCUGUACAUUUCUUGGGAAUGCAUAGAAUCACGUCGCUGAAACAUCCAUGCCUUUGUCCAUACAAUUUUGUUGAACAUCCACGCUACUCUCAGUAAAUCAGGUAUAUUAUAAUAUAUACCCUCAACACACGAUUUACCAAGACAAACUUUAUUGUGAGGCUUAUGGGAAAAUUGCAGUUUUUGUCAAUUACCAACUUUGAUUUAUAUUAAUCAGGAAAUAAAUUGCUCAGGAUUGACCCAAUUAUGAAAUUCAAAUAUCGCUGCGUCAAACUAGAUGUUGGGUUGAGGCCGCAAUGUAGACCAGCCAGGUAAGAGAAGCAAUUCACUUUGACCAGAGACGCUUUGGUGUUGAUUACAUUAUAUAUUCCUCAUAGAGUUGUACACAAAUUUUCCAUUUACUCGUUUAUUACUAUUGAAUUGAACUUAAUUUGAUCGUCGACAUAACGAAAUUUGAAUAUGAAUUUUAAAUACAAUUAAAAAUGAUCUACUGUUCAUCAAACCCUCUGGAAAUAUUUAUCACAUAUAAACACAGAUCGUCGUGACCUGUGGACAUUGCUCAUCAACGAAUGACAUCGACGGUAACAAAUUGUAGAUCGAUUAUGCUAUUGUCUGUUAAUCUUCGUUGCCACUUUAGUUAAGUUCAGUACAUAAUAAUAUAAGAUUUGUUUCAUGGUAUACUUAUUAUUUUUUCUUCGAAAGCUCUAUUAAACUUAGCUUCACCCAUUUAGUUAAAUUAGAGUCCUCGAAAAAAUAGAAUUUGAAUUUCAUAGAACUAAAGCCAAUUAAUAAAAUCAACGUACUAGGCCAAUUGGUGCAUUUUAUAUGAAUGAUUGUAUGACGAAUGAAUAUGAUAUAAUGAUUUAUGCCAGCUCAUGAAAAUCUUUAUAUAUAUAUAUAUAUAUAUAUAUAUAUUAUAUAAUAUAUAUUGCAAGUUAAAUAGUCUGUUAAGUUGUGCAGCAUUCUUUUGAUAAAUAAUUGACGCAAUUUGUUUAAUGUGUUUACGCGUCAUCAUCGUGAAAUAAAUAAUUCAUCAGAUGACAAUUAAAUUGUUACAGUCAGUGUAGGCCGUCAAAAACAAAUCACACUGCAUAUGUAAAUAACAAACACAACAUAAUGCUUUAUUGAUUGUAAAUAUAUAAAUUGACUCCAGUUGAUGUGUAAAAAAAUAUAUCAUGUAUACAUAUUUCUAUAGGAUAUGAUUUAAAAUAUUUUUAAUUAAAUCCUUGCUUAUUUGUUUAUAUAAAAACGUUUUCGUUUCACUUUCUUUAUCUAAUUAUAGAUUAUAUUCUUUACUUUCGAAUUUUUUUAUUAUUUUAUUAUUUUUUACUUUUCGAAUUCAUUUUUAUUUGUAUGAAUCAUGAUUUAUCCUCUCAUUACUUGACUUUAUUUGGAAAUAAAUUGUGAGAUCACGCGCACAAAUUACAGGUGAU